GCAGCGGGCACCUGCGGGUAGUUUGGGCUGGAGACGGCACCCUCUGCACUGCCCUGCCGGGCUGCGGACCGAUAAUAUACUGCAGGGCACAGCAACUAUAAGCAGCAUGAAAGACGGCAGGCCAGGUCCUCAUGCUCUGCAAGACCAGCAGCCGACAUUAGAUGAAGUCAUGGAAUAUAUCGGCUCUCACCUUCAGUCUGAUGACUUGGUGACUACCUCCUCGACCUCUGCAGCUCUACUUCCCCGCGUGACAGAUAUUCUCGAUACGGUCACCGUGGCAUCUUGGGUCCCCCCUCAGGAAGCCAUACCCCAUCCAUGGACCCAACUGCCCGAAGCGCCACCCCCCGCGCUCCGGAUCACAGAGCAGCCGAAGCAGAGAGGCAUGCGGUUCCGGUACCAGUGUGAGGGAAGAUCAGCUGGAAGCAUUUUAGGGGAGCGCAGUACGGAUCACAACAAAACCCUGCCUGCAAUUGAGUUGGAUAACUGCGAUCACCUCCAAGAAGUUUGUGUCCGCGUGUGUCUCGUGUGGAAGGAUCACCCUUAUCGUGUCCACCCGCACGGCCUUGUGGGUAAAGAUUGUCACGGUGGCAUCUGCGAGGUCAUCUUGCGCCCCCGAGAGGGGAUGACGCAGCACAGUUUCAGUAACCUGGGAAUUCAGUGCGUGCGGAAAAAGGAAAUCGAGACGUCCGUGAAGGACAGAUUAAGGCUCGGAAUAGACCCUUACAAUGCUGGUAUGUGGCGGCACCAUGAAGAAGUAGACCUGAAUGUGGUCAGGCUUUGCUUCCAGGCCUCCUACCCUGGGCCAGGAGGAGAGAUGAUCCGGAUGUCACCAGUGCUGUCUGAGCCCGUUUAUGAUAAGAAAUCCACAAACACGUCGGAGCUGAAGAUUUGCAGGAUGAACAAGGAGUCCGGGCGUUGUGACGGAGGUGAAGAAAUCUACAUCUUGUGUGACAAGGUGCAGAAAGAGGACAUUCAGGUGGUGUUUACGGAUGGUGUGUGGGAAGCCCGUGCUGACUUCGCGCAGGCUGACGUACACAGACAAAUUGCCAUCGUGCUGAAGACUCCUCCGUACGGGGAUCUGGAGAUCACGCAGCCGGCGCAGGUGUUGGUGUUCCUGCAGAGGAUUACGGACCGGAUCCGGAGCGAGGGGAUGCCGUACACAUACCUGCCGCGUAUGAGAGAUCUCUAUGGUUUGCAAGACAAGAAGCGCCGGUUCUGCCUUGAGGAUGACAUGAACGGCCCGGAUCCGCAUGGGAUUGAGGCGAAGAGGAACAGAGUGGCUCCCAGUUAUAUGGAUCACUACAGCCCCGUGCAGGGCAAGUAUUGGGGACUAAUGCAACAAUUCCAAGUACCUGAUAACCAUGAAUCGUGGCUCAACCUUCCUCCCGAGGUGGGAGAUGACCUCACGGGACCCAUUCAGGCUACUUUAGAUGCGGACACUAUAAAUCUUGAUCAUUUGCCUGACUACUUCUUCCAGGACGGCGCCUUCUCUGGCCCUGCGCCUAUGGAUGCUUUUAACUCUACUCUAGAUAAUGGAGCAACAGCAAAUCUUGUGGGUUUUAGCCUUGCCCUCACGGAAGAGGAGCAAGAAGGGUUCCCAAGCUGUUCUUAUACGAGUUGA